GUGAACUUGUGCGAGACUAAGUUAAGUUCUGACAGCGUUGGCGUACGUGUCCCGAGCAUGCAGAAUCCAACAUCUGAACGCGCAUGCCACGCAUCCGAAAACCAAACAUUGAUAUUAGAGAACCCACCACACUCCCACAGUCAACAAAAACCAAAAAAAAUAAAAAACAAAAAACCAAAAUUUACAAAAUUCUCCAAAAUGCUAUCUCCCAACCCACUCUUUCUUCUAUGCGCACUCCUUCUAUGCUUACCUCUAGCCAUAGUCUUCACCACCACCCCCAACACCAAACACACCACACACCCCACCACCCCAAUCAUCCUCAACAUACCCAAAAACAACAUUAACAUCCCCCAAAAAUUUAGCAAAAAACGCACCACCCCACUUAUCCUUAACACACCCAAAAACAACCUUAGCAUCCCCGAAAAUCUUAACAAAAAAUUAUCAUUGGCUCCAUCGGGAUCGAGGAUGCCACCAUCACUAUUGUUGCCGUACUUGUAUAAAGACUACGACGACGCGCUUUUGAAAGCCGCCACGCGCGUGAACGAAAGGCCCACUAGGCCCAACAAAACGGCGUUCAUGUUCAUAACCACCGUGCCACUCCCCUUCGCGCCGCUAUGGGAAUCUUACUUCAACCAAACCUCAAAAAAUCUCUUCAACAUUUAUGUCCAUGCGGACCCCACUUUUUCAUAUGACCCACCUUUCUCAGGCGUGUUCCACAACCGCGUAAUUCCCUCCAAACCCACGAAACGACACACACCCACGCUCGCCGCCGCCGCGCGUCGCUUACUCGCCCACGCGCUCCUCCACGACUCGUCAAAUUCGAUCUUUGUGCUCCUCACACCCUCGUGCAUCCCCCUCCACUCGCUCAACUUCACGCUCCACGCGCUGCACCGCCGCGGCAAGAGCUUCGUGGAGAUUCUCCUCAACGAGACCACGCAGUACGAUCGGUGGGCGGCGCGUGGCGCCCACGCGAUGCUGCCAGAGGUGAGGUUCAAGGAGUUUCGCGUGGGGUCGCAGUUCUGGGCUCUCACGCGCCGGCACGCGCGGAUGGUGGUGAGUGAGCGCGUGCUGUGGCGGAAGUUCAACGUGCCGUGCGAGCGGUGGUACGCGUGCUACCCCGAGGAGAAUUACUUUCCUACCCUUUUGAACAUGUGGGACCCGCGCGGGUGCGUGCACGCGACGCUCACGCAUGUGAACUGGACGGGGCGCUGGGAUGGGCAUCCUCGCACGUACGAAGCGUGGGAAGUGGGGCCCGAGCUGAUUCGGGGGAUGAGGGAGGAGACGCCUAAGUACGGCGACGGCGGUGACGGAGAGAGGGAUCCGUUUUUGUUUGCCAGGAAAUUCGCCCCGGAUGCGUUGCAACCGUUGAUGAGAAUUGCGAAUGACGUCAUCUUCAGCGCUUGACGGCUGUGAUGUGAACGUGGGUAGGGGUAAAUAUGUAUUCAUGAAAGGGGAAAGGAACCAAGAUAUAAAGUGUAAAAAUUGAAAUGUUUAGGGUUUAAUUAAAUACCGCUUAAUUUUAGUCUUU